AUGUGGGAACUACGUACCAUUGAGUGCUUGCUAGCGGCCUGUCUUGUGGCAACCGUGGGCGUUGUCUCUGGGGCUGUUAUCGUGUUUGAUGAUACUCCAGGUUCCAACCGGACAUUUGAUGGCAUUGGUGGACUCAGCGGAGGAGGGGCCACUUCUAAAUUACUGGUUAACUACCCUGAAACUCUUCGAAAUGAAAUUCUGGACUUUCUGUUUUUGCCAAAUUUUGGAGCAUCCCUUCAGAUUCUGAAGGUUGAAAUUGGUGGAGAUGCUCAAAGUACUGAUGGCACUGAAGCAUCACAUAUGCACAAUAGCUGGGAAGAAAAUUACUUGAGAGGAUAUGAAUGGUGGCUUAUAAGGGAGGCAAAACUGAGAAACCCCAAUAUUAAACUGUAUGGUCUGCCAUGGGGGUUUCCAGGCUGGGUUGGACAAGGAACAUCUAAUCCAUAUACAAAUGCCUCAGUCCUGGCUGAUUACGUUGUCAGAUGGGUACUUGGGGCUCAGCAAGUCUACAACCAGAAGAUUGAUUACAUUGGGAUUUGGAAUGAAAGAAACUAUGAUGUAAAUUACAUCAAGACCUUAAGGAGCACUCUUGAUAAAAGAGGAUUUCAGAAUACUUUGAUUGUAGCUGCAGAUGGUGGAUGGGAUAUUGUCAAUGACAUUCAAAAGGAUGCACAACUGUCUGCAAUAAUCUAUGCUGUGGGAGUUCACUACCCUGGCACUAACUCACCCACUUCAGCUCAGACCUCAGGACAUGCACUGUGGGCUUCAGAAGAUUUCAGUACCUUCAAUGAUGAAGUUGGAGCUGGGUGCUGGGCAAGGAUACUAAAUCAAAACUAUGUGAAUGGUCUUAUGACAGCGACAAUCUCAUGGAACCUGAUUGCGAGCUACUACCCAAGUCUUCCUUUCUUCAGAGAUGGUUUGAUGACGGCUAUUGAACCAUGGAGUGGGAAUUAUGCUGUCAACAGUCCUAUUUGGGUCUCAGCACAUACAACCCAGUUUACUUCAGUUGGAUGGAAAUAUCUUCAGCAUGGCAGUGGUGUUGGCAAACUGCCAAAUGGUGGUUCGUAUGUUGGUCUGUACAGCCCUACUCGCAGUGAUCUUACAAUUAUUAUUGAAACCAUGACUCACGACCACUCACUCUGCAUUCGACCAUCUUUGCCACCAUACACAGUGACACCCCAGGAUGUCACCAUUGCUCUUAAAGGUGACUUUGCCAACAUUACAGCACUGAAUGUUUGGUUCACUCAGCUGAAUUUUGGUGGGACUCCAAGUGAAACUUUUAUUAAUAAAGGACAAGUGCAGGUUGUUAAUGGUUCAGUGCAGCUCAGCCUCGGAUUGGAUCAGAUAUACACAUUGACCACAUUAUCUGGAGGAGUGAAAGGAUCUUACCCACCACCACCUGAUUCUAAACCUUUUCCUCUUCCUUACAGCGAUGACUUUGAAAGUUCCACUUUGUUUCAAGAACCCAAUAACCUUGCUCAGCAAACUGGGUCAUUUGAGGUCCUUAAAUUUGGCAGCAACCAGUUCAUCAGACAGAUGAUGUUGAGCGCACCACUUACAUGGUGUCAGGCCGAGAAAGUAGGCAAGGCCAUCAAUAUUAUUGGUAACAGCUCAUGGGAAGAUUUAUACGUUGAAGUGGACUUUCAGCUGCCAGCUGUGAAUGGUUCAACUGGAGUGUUUGUUGCAGCUCGAAUAAAUAAUGGUGGUUGUCCAGUGAAUUCAGCUCUUGGUAUUUUUCUUUUUGCACUUUCAAAUGGCACCUACAUUCUUGCUAAUGAUGCAGCAAGAUCAAAAGUAAUAACUUCAGGUAGAUUGCCCCCAGGCGGAGGCUGGCACAAACUGUCUCUCUUUAUCCAGGAAGAGGUAGCAUAUCUGGCUUAUGAUGAACAGCCACUUGUAAUAGUUGUUGGUAUUCCAAGUAAACCUUCAUCUGGCUUUGCUGGCAUAGGAACAGAUAGCUUUGGUCUUGCAGAUUUUGACAACCUGUACAUUGCUGGUAGUAAAGAUGGGAUAGUAAAAAUGAAAAAUUACUUCCGUCAGCCUUUACCACAACCACUUUACUUUCACCCAGAACAGAAAUAA